AUUUGCAGCAUCACACCGAAGAUGAAGAUCAAAGCCCUCAGCCGGUCGACAUCGUCGGCACAAGCACCCGGAUCGAAUGUCGCAAAGAUCACUCGCAACCUGGACCCUAACCAGCAUCCUUUCGAACGAGCUCGCGAGUACACGAGAGCACUCAAUGCGACCAAGAUCGAGCGCAUGUUCGCGCAACCCUUCCUUGGGGACUUCGAGCCUGGUCACGUAGACGGUGUCUAUUAUUUUGCCAAGGACCCCAAUUCUCUCGAGCACUUCGCCAGUGGCAGUGGAGAUGGCGUCGUAAAAGUAUGGGAUUUCACGAGCAGGGAAGAGAAGUGGCAGGCACAGGCGCACGAGAAUAUGGUUAAGGGCAUGUGUUGGACGCGCGACAAGCGUUUGAUUACUUGUGGUGCGGACAAGCAGAUACAGAUGUUCGAGCCAUAUGCCCAGCCUUCCAAGUCGCCGCCGAAAGCAACAUGGCACGGAAAUGCCGCCUUCACAUCUGUCUCGCACCACCGAUCGAUACCCUCUUUUGCCGCCGCCUCGAACGUCGUCUCCAUAUAUGAUACUGCUCGCACAUCAGGUGCGCCAGUACAGAACCUCGUCUGGCCCUCAGCUAUCGAUACGAUCAACCAUGUCACUUUCAACCAGGUCGAGACAUCGAUUCUGGCGUCGUGCGCAACUGAUCGCGCCAUCGUCCUGUACGACAUGCGCACAAGCUCUCCUCUCCACCGAACAGUCCUCAAUUUCGCCUCAAACUGCAUCUCUUGGAACCCUAUGGAGGCGUACAACUUCGCCGUUGCGAACGAGGACCACAACUGCUACAUUUUCGACAUGCGAAAUAUGAAACGCGCCUUGCAAGUUCUCAAGGGUCACGUUGCUGCCGUCAUGAGCGUCGAGUUCAGCCCAACAGGAGAAGAACUAGUCUCUGGCUCCUACGACCGAUCGAUCCGCUUGUGGGAGCGACAGAAGGGACACUCCCGCGAUAUGUACUACACCAAGCGCAUGCAGCGCGUCUUCUCCGUCGCCUGGUCGCCAGACAACAACUACGUUCUUAGUGGUUCAGAUGACGGCAAUGUGCGCCUAUGGCGAGCGAAGGCCUCUGCCAGGCAGGGUGUCAAGUCCUUCGCAUUGCAGCAGAAGCUGCAAUACGACGAGGCGCUUAAGGAGCGAUACAAGCACAUGCCUGAGAUCAAACGCAUCAACCGUCACAGACACGUCCCAAAGGCAGUCAAGAAGGCUGGUGAGAUCAAGUCUGAUGAGCUCAAGGCCAUCAAGAGGAAGGAGGAGAAUGAGAGGAGACACACCAAGAAGGGCAAGGUUAGGCGGAAGGCCGAGCGUGAGAAGAUGGUAUUAGCGAAGGAGCAGUAGACGAUUGUGUGUUGUCACGAGCAUAGCGAUGGCGUUAUUGGGUCAAUAUCUGUUGCAUUUGCAAGUAUGAAGUG